UCAAAGCGGCAUGCGUGAGCAGAACGCCAUCAGAUCCUCAUCAUCUGCACGGGCAGCAUGCGCGGUCUCCUGGAGAGCAGCUGGCGCCGCUUCGGCCCGGCGGGGCGCGGCUCCUACGACUGGGUGACCCCGGCGCCCUCUGCGCGUGAGCAACAGGGCUUCAACUGGAAUGACCUGGGCGACGACAGAAAAUACGAGCUGCUUCUGUACGUGGUCCUGCCGGCGGUGGCGGUCCUGCUGCUGGUGCCGCUGGCGGUCUCCGUCUGCCGCCGCUGCCGGGCCUCGGCCUCCCAAUUGGGAUUGACCAAGGUGAUCACACUGGACCCGCAGGAUGCGGAAUUGCUGUCGUCGUUGAGCCGCGGCGCCGAGCGCCACGCCAGCACCAGCUCCACGGGCUCGGACGGGGUCUUCGUCAUGGUCUACCUGCCGCCGCCCUACGAGGAGACCCUCAGCAAGAUCACCCGGGCCGCCAGCCUCGGCAGCUCCAAGGACGCAGAGUCCAUCAAGAUCGAGGAUCUGGAGGCCAAGCUUUGCCCGGAGAUCAGGUCCAGCGGUCGCUACGUGUGACAAGGAUCUCAAAUUUCACAUUGCUUCCAGAACUGCUCCCUUGACUUACGAGUUUCAUUUGUUUUGUAACCAAAGUCGAAUAUCAAAACAACUUGCAGAGUGGACCCCUAGCUAUUUGUGGUAGACAGGGACCGUGUGUGGGCUCAGCUUGUUUGUGUUCUUCUGCCCUCUGCUACCCAACAGUCAAAAUAAAAAAAUCCAGAUGAAAACGUAACAAAGUGAUUAUCUAUUUGCGGCACCUGUGAAAUGAAUUAUUGGUGUAGGUGUUUUAUAAUUCACAUUAUUUGUUUCUGAAAUACGUAUAGAUCGAAAAUGAAAGACCUCAAAUGUGGAGAUGAAAUGUAAGAUUAUUUUCAUGUACAAUCGUAUGAAAAGUGUAAAAAGAACAUUCCCAUUGUGGGGCCAGAAAUGAAUGAAU